CGUCCGUCCACUGUUACCCCGGUCACUGGAAGCCUUAAGCAGCUUUGCUAGUGGACCAACACGUCCUCGCCCCACCAUGCGCUGGACACUCACAUCUUUUUUAGCACUUUUGGUGCUCUCGUGCUCGCUCUGGCAGUCCGCGUGCGCCUCCGUCCUCGCGAUCGACUAUGGCUCUGACUGGAUCAAGGCCUCCCUCAUGAAGCCCGGUGUCCCGUUCGACGUGCUGCUUAACAAGGACUCGAAACGCAAGAUCCAGUCCUCGGUCGCGUGGAAAAAAGACGACAGGCUAUUUGGCGGCGACGCCGCUAACAUUGCCGCGCGCUUCCCCACCGACUCCUUCUCGUCCCUCAAAUACCUCCAGGGCGUGCCGUACGACUCCAAAGCCCCCGCGUUCUUCGCGACCAUCUCCCAGGCCGAGCUGCACGAGACCGCGCGCGGCACCAUCGGCGUCACGCGGAGCGACGGCACGCAGUGGGCGGCCGAGGAGCUCAUCGCGAUGCAGCUCGGCUACGUCAAGGCGCUCGCGGAGGCGCUCGCGGGCGAGCCCGUGCACGACGCGGUGCUCGCUGUGCCCCCGUUCUACACGCAGUUCGAGCGCGAUGCGGUCGCGGACGCGCUGGCGAUCGCGGGGCUGCGCACGCUGGCGCUCGUGAACGACGGGACGGCGGUGGCGGUGAACUAUGCGAUGACGCGCGCGUUCGCGGCGCCUGAGUAUCAUGUGAUAUAUGAUGCGGGCGCGAGCGCGACGCGGGCGACGGUUGUGCGGCUCGAGAGCACGCUCGAUCCGCAGAGUAAGGCGCCCGUGACGCAGAUCGAGGUGAAGGGGGUGGGGUAUGAUCGGAAUACGGGCGGGACGGAGCUGGACCGGCGGUUGCACGAGGUGCUCGUGGAUGCGUUUAUUGCGAAGCACAAGCGCGAUGUGCGCACGGACAAGCGCGGGAUGGCGAAGCUGUGGAAGGAGGCGGGGCGCGUGAAGACGAUUCUGAGCGCGAACUCGGAGGCGGUGGCGACGGUGGAGAGCGCGGCGUUUGAUUUGGACUUUAAGGCGAAGGUGACGCGGGCGCAGUUUGAGAAGGCAUGUGCGGACCUUAAGGGGGGUUUUGUGCAGCCGAUAUGGGACGCGCUUGCGCAGGCUGAUUUGACGCUUGACAAUAUUACAUCUGUCAUUCUGACUGGGGGCAGCUCCCGUACGCCCAUGGUUCAGGCUGCAGUAAGAGCCGCAGUUGGAGAGGACCUCAUCGCACAAAACGUCAACGCGGACGAAGCCGCCGUCCUCGGCGCGGCGCUGUACGGCGCCUCGCUCUCGCGGCAAUUCAAAACAAAAGACAUCCGCGUGUCCGACAUCAGCAUGCACGACAUCCAGGUCUCGUACUUCUCCUCGCCGCCGUCCGACGCCGCGCCGACGCCGCGCACGAUCAGCUCGGUGCUGUUCCCCGCGGGGAGCAAGCUCGGGAGCAAGAAGACGCUGACGUUCCGCCGCGGGGAGGAUUUUAGCCUUUGGCUGGAUUAUACGAAGGUGAUUUCGCCUGGGUUCCCGCGCGAGCUGUUCGAGGCGCGGGUUGAGGGGGUGGCGGAGGCGCUCGGGACGCUGGCGGAAAGGGGCGCGGUGGAUCCGGUUGUGAAAGUCACGGUUGCGCUUUCGGAGAGCGGGUUUGUGGCGGUGAAGGAGGCGGUUGCGUAUGGGGAGAUUAAAGAGGAGUCAUUGACUGGUAAACUGAAGAGUCUGUUUGGCGUUGGUACGUCUUCGACGGAGGAGGAGGUUGAUUCGCAGACGCCCUCGACGACGGAUGAGACUGCGGCCGAGUCGUCGCCUGUGGCUACGACUCCGCCGAAGAAGGAGAAGAAGGUUUCUGCGAAGGAUCUCGAGGAGCUGAGCACGAUUGCGCUUAAUGUCAAGACUGUCUUUUCGUCACUUCCUCCGUACACGGUCGAGGAGAAGAAGGCUUCUCGUGAGAGACUGCGCAGCAUCGACGCACAGGAGGCGGCCAAGGUGAUGAGAGAGGAGGCGUUGAACACGCUGGAGACGUACCUCUAUCGCCUGCGCGACAACCUCGACGACGGCGCGCAGUCGCCGUUCCAGAAGUGCUCGACGGCGGUGGAGAGGAAGGCGAUCGCGGAGAAGCUGGCGGAGACGAGGGAGUGGCUGAAUGAUGGUGGCGAGUCGGCGGAGACGACUGAGCUGUGGCAGAAGCGCCAUGCUCUCGAGGCGCUCGAGAGACCGAUAACGUACCGGUAUACUGAGAUUCAGGAGUUCCCGGCGACGCUGAACAGCAGUCAGAAAUGGAACUGGGCGACGCGCGUGUUCCUCACGGACGCGCGCGCGAAUAUGACAGCCGAUGCUGCCGCGGGUGUCCCCUCCAAAUGGACGGCGGAGGAGCUGGACGGGCUGGAGGAGGCGUUGAAGGAGCACGAGGUGUGGCUGAACGAGGGCGUGGAGAAGCAGAAGCGGACGGGGAUGAAUGAGAAUCCGGCAAUUGCGACGGCGGAGAUGAAGGCGCGGGCGGGGAGGCUGGAGCAGCAUCUGCAAAGGCUGGUGAAGCGCAAGGCGCCGAAGCCACCGAAGAAGGCGAAGGGGAAGAAUGGGAAGAGUAAGGAGUCGGGUGAGGAGCCAGAGGGGACGGAGAGGCGGAAGGGGCAUGAUGAGCUUUAGAUGACAUAGAUUGUGGUAGAAUAACGUUAACAUUGCAUAGAUUAUAAUUUUGAAGUGUC